GUAGAUAAAUACAAGUCACUAGAUAAAUAAGCAAAGAUGCGGGAGAGCAGGCGAAUCGACUCGCGAAUUCAAGCCAUCAUAAGUGCGUAACCAGUUUCCUUACUCCUCAGCGCCUUCAAAAGAUUCCAGCGCUUCAAACUCCGGUGAUCGUGUCAUUUCUACGGUGACCGGAGGAUAUUGCCUUCUUUGUUCCCUGUCCUUGAUGUUCCUGUGAACAAAGGGAAUCUGAGUAAUCAUAGAAUCGCAUUGAGAGAGACAGGCAGAAGCGACGAUGAACGGGAGCGGAUAUAGCAGCAGUGAAAGAGAGUUCAUAAGGAAACACCACACUCAAGAGCCGGCAGAGAAUCAAUGCAGUUCAGUUCAGAUCAAGCACAUUAGGGCGCCUCCUCCUCUGGUCUGGUCAUUGGUUAGAAGGUUUGAUCAACCACAGAGAUACAAACCUUUUAUCAGCAGGUGCUCAGCACAGGAGAAUCUUGAGAUUGGAAGUCUUAGAGAAGUCGAUGUCAAGUCAGGCCUUCCUGCUACGACAAGCACAGAACGGUUGGAACUUCUGGAUGAGGAUGAGCAUAUCCUCAGUGUGAGGAUUGUUGGGGGAGAUCACAGGCUUAGGAACUACUCGUCUGUUGUAUCCGUGCAUCCAGAAGUGAUCGAUGCAAGACCUGGAACACUUGUUAUUGAAUCAUUUGUGGUAGAUGUGCCUGAAGGGAACACUAAAGAUGAGACCUGCUACUUUGUUGAAGCACUGCUAAAAUGCAAUCUGAAAUCUCUCGCUGAAGUUUCUGAGAGGCUUGCUCUGCAAGGAGAGCAUACAGAGCCUAUUGAUCACAUUUAAUGAUCUGCCGGAUCGACUUGGUUGAGACUAUUUACACAUUUGAUGAAAUGAAGUUUUCCUUGAGGCUUUGUAAUCAUCACACGGUACUAUGUCUCAUAGUUGUUUGAAAACCACAGCUUUUGUAAUGGUAUUAUCACACGUCGGAGUUUACCAGAGAAGAAGAGAUGUGUCUAUUUGCAAUUUGAUGAUGCGAUACUCUUUGUCAUGCUUUGUUGUAGUUUUAUAGGCGCCUUAAGUUUGUACUUGUUAGUUUGUAAUAACAAACUAUAAUAGAUAUGAUUGAUUCAUCUCAUUAUUUCAUCAUUUGUUUAUGUAUGAACUAGUAUCUUUAUCCGUGCCGUGCACGGG